AUGGCUUCCUCCUCCUCGUCUCGCCAACAAAUUGUAGAAUAUGAACAACAAAAGCAAAGAUCGAUUGCAGAUCCUAAACUAUAUGAUGCAUUCAUCAUCCACCGAAGCCCUGACGUCAAACACACCCUUGCUAAACAAUUAUAUGACCUUCUUAAGGCCAGAAAGUGCCGGGCAUUUCUAGACCGUGAAGAGAUAGAAGGGGGAGAUUCUAUUCCUGCUGCCACUCACAAUGCAAUAUGCUCAUCUGUGGUUCAAAUAGCCAUCUUUUCAAGAAGAUAUGCAGAAUCAUCGUGGUGUUUGGACGAGCUGCCCUGGGAGCUAGGCGACAUCGAGAACGAGCAGUCACAGUACUCUGCGGCUUUUUCUGAUUAUCAAAGGAAAGGGAGGAAUCUUCAUAAGCUUGAGCAAUGGAAAACUUCCCUUGAAUCUGCUUCAAAGACACCUAGUUAUGAAAAAAGCGAGCAUGAAGAGUAA